CGAUGCUUCUUCGUUUCUUCAAAAGUAAAUAAACGUGAAGUCUUUUUAUUCCUUCGGUUUUCUUUUUCAUUAUUUUCUUUUAUUUUAUAAAAGAAAAUAAUUAAAAAGUAUAAAAUAUCAUAACAACAAAAGAUGGGUUACAUUUCGCCGUCCAUAGUUGCAUUUAUAGUCGCAUUUAUCUUGCCCGUGGUUCUAGCCACCGAUACAGCGCCGAUUCCAGAAGUCAGAGCCCAAAUCCCCCAAUGGUUCAAGACCAACGUUGCACCCUAUUCCCAAAGAAAGGGAACUCUAGACCCUGCCCUCGACGCUGCUGAAGCUGCACGAAUAAUUGUCACCGUUAAUCAAAAAGGAGGUGCCAACUUUAAGUCAAUAAACGAAGCGAUCAAGAGCAUUCCGAUAGGAAACAAGAAGCGUGUGAUCAUCAAGUUGGCUCCAGGUAUAUACACGGAGAAGGUCACGGUCGACGUAGGUCGACCAUUCGUUACAUUGCUUGGUCAACCUGGUUCACAAACGGUCUUAACCUACCACGGGACGGCCGCUCAGUACGGAACCGUAGAGAGUGCAACUCUUAUUAUCUGGUCUGAUUAUUUCAUGGCAGCUAACCUCAUCAUUAAAAAUACUUCUCCUAUGCCAAAACCAGGCUCACAAGGACAAGCUCUAGCUAUGAGGAUUAACGGUGAUUAUGCAGCUUUCUACACCUGUAGUUUCUACGGUUUUCAAGAUACUCUAUGCGACGACAAAGGCAACCAUUUUUUCAAGGACUGUUACAUCGAAGGAACCUAUGAUUUUAUCUUCGGAAGAGGAGCUUCCUUGUACUUGAACACGAAAUUGCACGCUGUUGGAGACGGAUUAAGAGUGAUCACGGCACAAAGCAGACAAAGUAACACCGAACAAAACGGAUACACGUUUGUGCACUGCAAAAUCACUGGAACCGGAACCGGAAUUUAUUUGGGCCGGUCUUGGAUGAGCCACCCCAAAGUCAUUUAUGCUUUCACAGAGAUGACCAGCGUGGUCAACCCAUCUGGCUGGAGAGAAAACUUCAACCGCGCAUAUGACAAGACGGUCUUCUAUGGAGAGUACAAGUGUUUCGGACCAGGGUCACACCAAGAGAAGAGAGUGCCUUACACACAAGAUGUUGACCAAAACGAAGUUAGGCCUUUCCUCACUCUUGGUUACAUUAAGGGCUCCAAGUGGCUACUUCCUCCUCCUAAAUACUGAUUAAUUUCUUUAAGAUAAAAAUAUUGAUUGUAACAGUCCUUUCGGCGAAAUGUUCCCCAUCUUUUAUGUUGUGUAUUUCUUGAGAUUUUAAAAUUCAAUUCAUUCGUUUCAGUU